CAGCUGGGGAGUCUCGGGUGUCAUGGACUAGCAAUACCUUGACAUUAUUCCCUCUACUACAAUUACGGCAUGGCGGAGUUGUUCAAAAGUGCGUUUGGGUAUCUAGGAGCCAACGGGGCCGCCUCUGACAGCGACUUCGUGGGCCAAGAAGUGGAGAUAAACGGAAUUAAGCUUAGAAUCAAGAAACUUAUCGCGGAAGGUGGUUUUGCCUUUGUGUUCGUGGCUCAAGAUGUCUCCACAGGGAAGACUUAUGCUCUCAAGCGGCUGCUUGGGGCAGACGCUGUGGCCUGUGACGCCAUCAAGCAGGAAAUUGCAGUGUCCAAGCAGCUCUCAGGCCACCCUCACAUCGUGGAGUUCAUCGCCGCCGCUGCCAUCAGCAAGGCACAGAGCAAGGAGAACCGCAAUGAGUUCCUCCUCCUCUCUGAACUGUGCACAGGUGGGUCGCUGGUGGAUGCGCUGCGGCUCCUUGACGGCAACACUCUGAAGGUACAGCAGGUGGCAUCCAUUCUGUACCAGACCACUAAGGCUGUACAACACAUGCAGAGCCAGAGUCCGCCCAUCACCCACCGCGACCUGAAGGUGGAGAACCUGCUCAUCAGUGAAACGGGUCACAUCAAACUGUGUGACUUUGGCUCAGCGAUGAAGAAGACUUACGAGAUCGAUGUGGGCUGGAGUGCUCACCAGAGGGCGAUGUUGGAGGAUGAGAUGGCACAGCACACCACCCCAAUGUAUCGCGCCCCUGAGAUGCUGGACACGUGGAACAACUACCCUAUCAACUGUCAGGCUGAUGUGUGGGCGCUCGGCUGCAUCCUCUACUACCUCUGCUACCUCAAGCAUCCCUUCGAGGAUUCUGCCAAGCUGAGAAUUGUGAAUGGCAACUUUGUGAUCCCUGCUAAUGAUGGGAAGUACGACUGUUUUCACGAGCUGAUCCGCGGCAUGCUGCGUGUGGACCCCAACCAGCGGUUCAGGGUGUCCGAGGUGCUGGAACGAGUAGCAGCUGUGGCGGAGACCAAGGGCUUUGACAUGAAGGGACCCAUCAACCUGCCCCUCAAGAAGAUCGACCUUAACACUCCCAUUUUCCAGCCUGAGGUGAAUGGGCGUGCUGGUGAACAGAAGCGUGCCUCCCCACCCACUCGGCCCCCUGCUCCUCGCUCCCCUGUACCCUCCCGCCCACCACGGCCUGCCUCCCACCCACAGCAAGGUGUGGGUGGGCCAGGACAUCCCCCACCCCCAUCCCACCCAGCAGCCAGCGUGGGUGGGGGAGGAGGCGGGGGUAGUGGUGGUGGUGGUCUUUUCUCGUCACUCAAGGGUUACUCAGGAAGCAUCUUCAAGAAUAUCAAGGACACAUCGAGUAAAGUAAUGCAGACAGUCAGCCAGUCUAUCACUCGUACUGACCUGGACCUGUCCCACAUCACCUCCCGACUAGUGGCCAUGUCCUACCCAGCGGAGGGCCUUGAGUCGGCCUACAGGAACCACGUGGAGGAUGUUAAAGCUGUAUUGGAGGGCAGGUACCCGGGCCACUACAUCAUCUACAACGUGUCUGGCCGGCAGUACAUGGCCACCAAGUUCAACGCUCGUGUAGUGGAAGGGAACUGGUCCAGCAAGAAGGCGCCGACCCUGGGUGCCCUGUACAACCUGGCCUGCAGCAUCUACGACUACCUGGCUAAGGACACCAGGAAUGUUGUCGUAGUCCACUGCAUUGAUGGCAAGGCGUCCACUUCCAUGCUGAUGUGUUCCUUCCUGUUGUUGUGCCAUGCCUUCAAGCAGCCAGAACAAGCCCUCAACAUGUUUGCCAUCAAGCGCAGCCCACCAGACCUCCAGCCAUCACAGUUCAGAUACCUGGAGUACAUGCGUGAUCUGACCUCCUCCCCACCCAUUCUGCCUCACUUCAAGCCCGUCACACUCACCUCCAUCAUUGUGACACCCAUUCCUCUCUUCACCCAGCGCAGGGAUGGGGUGCGGCCAUACGUGGAGGUGUGGCAGGGGGAUCACAAGAUGCUGUCCACCCAACAAGAGUAUGACCGCAUGAGGCUGUACAUGCCGCAGGAAAACAAGAUCAUCCUGCCGGUGAACAUCCACCUGGUGGGUGACGUGUGUGUGUAUGUGUUCCAUGCACGCCGCAUGAUGGGUAAGGUCAUCGGCGUCAAGGUGGCUCAGCUCCAGUUCCACACGGGAUUCAUUCCAGAGGAGGACACAUCUCUGCGCUUCACCUUACACGAGCUGGACGACAUCACUGAGCCAGACCGCUAUCCUGAGAAGUUCACCAUCACCGUCAACAUCUUUGUGUCAGACGUGGACCGGACACCACCCCAGCAGCCACCCUGGGCCAGCCGCCUCCCCGGCACCUUCAAGCCACACUUUGCCUUCGCCACCGCCAUAGAAAUGGAGGAGACCAGGGACAAGUUUGCAGCCAGUGCCCACGGGUCCCCUGCCCCCCCACGCAGAGACUCCCUGCCCCGCCCCUCUCCCACCACCGCCAACACAGCUGUGCCACCAGCCUCAAAGGGAGACUUCAUGGCCUCCCUCAAGUGGGACUCCACUCAGAACAGACAGGCUGCUCCUGGUGAGGAGGUGAAGGAGCUGAUAUCAGAUGAGGAGGAGGAGGUUGACAUCACUUCCAUCCCAAGCCAGCCUCCUCCUCGCCCUCCUGAGCCCUCCAUCAGUUCUGGUGAGGCGGACCUUCUCAACUUGGGUGGCAGCGGUGGCAGCAAGGCGGAUACCAACAAGCUGGCCACUGAUGUCAACCUGCUGGACAUUGGCGGCAGUGGCGGUGGCGGUGGCGGUGGCAUUGCCAAGGACCCCAGCAACUUUGACUUGCUUAGUGGCAUAGGGGAGGGUGGCAGCGGGGAGAGGGCGCCUCCUGUGGCAGAGACCAGCACACCCCAGACUGCCUCUCAGGGCAACCUGUUUGACCCCUUCAGUAGCGGAAUGAGUGCCCCGGCAGCUGCCCCACAGCCCCCUACCACACAGGACCUGUUCAACCAGUUCUCAGUGCCCAGCCCAGUGCAGCAAAACACAAAUCUGCUGGGCGGACCGGGUUUGAGUCCCAUGGGUGGAGGUGGGGCCCCCAUAAUGGGUGGCAGGGCCAUGGGGGGCACCACUAGUCCCAACUCUGCUGCAAUGCCAAACUUCAUGCGGCCGCCACCGCCCCAGCAACAGCAGCAGCAGCCACAGCAGCCAUCGAAGCCAGCUGAUCCUUUUGCUGAGCUGGGUAACCUGGCUGGCAUGGGAGGCUGGGGAGGAUCCAAGCCCACCACACCUAAGGGAGGCACUCCAGCUGGUGGCACUCCCAUGGGAGGCAGCACCCCUGUCAUGGGCUCGCCCCAGCACCGGCCUCAAGCACCAGGGGCCUGGUUAAACCAACACACACCAGGCACAAUGGGGAGCCAGGCUGGAGGCUGGCAACAGCAACAGCAACAACAACAACAACAACAAACACAACAGCCACCCCCAAGACCCCCCUAUACACCCUCGCCACAGCCACAGUUCCAGACUCCCACGGGCAAAACCCCCACAGGCACACCCCACCACCAGAUGAAGUCUCCGUCGCAGCCCAACUACGGCCGAGCCAACUUUGAUGCCGGUAACAAGAAUUCUGGCGGUGCAGGGAAGGGCAGAGUGGGAGAGGAUGCCUUUGGUGACCUGCUGGGUUCUCAGGGCUUCAGCUUCAGUAGUGGUAAGGACGCUGGGCCACGCACCAUGGCACAGAUGAAGAAGGUGGAGAUGGCCAAGAACAUGGACCCAGAGAAGCUCAAGGUGAUGGAAUGGACCGAAGGAAAGAAGAAGAACAUCCGGGCGCUGAUCUGCUCGUUGCACACCAUCAUCUGGGACGGCUGUAAGUGGAAUGAGUGUGGCAUGCACCAGCUGGUCCAAGCCAAUGAUGUGAAGAAGAUGUAUCGCAAGGCUUGUCUCGCUGUGCAUCCCGAUAAGUGUACGGGGACGGAACACGAAUCUCUGGCCAAACUAAUUUUUAUGGAGCUUAAUGAUGCAUAUUCUGAAUUUGAAAACGACCCAAGCCAGCAGCAGAUGUUCAAGUGAGGAGGAGGAGGAGGAGGUGGAGAUGGAGGAGGUAAGACAGGUGACCCAGAGAGUGAUACAACCUUCCCUGGUGUAUCCCUGGCCUGUACUCUGCCUGCCGUCAUUACAAUGCUGGCUAUUCAGAUCUUCCUUGUGUUAUAAAGGUGUCCAGGUAUGUGUGAGAGUGUGAAAGAGAGAGAAAGAGUUGAGUGUAUAAUGCUAUUCGGUUAUUCUCAUUAUUCAUAUUAUAGGUGGGCAUGUGUAGAGGUUGACAGGAGGUGCAGUGUUAAGCAUUAAAACUGUGUGAUAUAUAAGUGUGUGUGUGUGUGUGUGUGUGUGUGUGUGUGUGUGUGUGUGUGUGUGUGUGUGUGUGUGUGUGUGUGUGUGUGUGUGUGUGUGUGUGUGUGUGUGUGUGUGUGUGUGUGUGUGUGUGUGUGUGUGUGUGUGUGUGUGCCAAAGCUAUCUUCACAAAUGAGAGAUGACAUGAAGGGGUGUUGGUGGGUGUGUAUUUAGGUUCCAUUGUGUUGUUGAGUUGUGUGGAUGGUGAGCGUGUCUCAGCUUGGUCACAUUGUGGUCAGAUCAGCUCCUUGGGCAUAUGUUUGGUGAUUGGGAAGGUGGACAGGUAGUGGUGUUGUUUAGCAUUGGAAGUGUUCUUUGUUCGAUGACAGUUGGUUGAAGUGAGUGUGAGUGUGUCAGCCAGCUGGAGGAGGAGAAGGAGCUGCAAGUGUUGUUAGUCUCAGAAACUAAGAAUCUUGAAAGACUUGUAUGGUGUGCUGCUAUCAGUGUUGGCAUCUUAUUUUUAUGUUCAAAUGUUCCUCUUUUAAUUUGAAUUAAGCAUUUGCUGAUUAAUCUUCAGUUCAUUUUAGUGUUGUAUGGCCUGCUUAUCAGCACUGCUUGUCAGGUAGCCGUGAGUGGGGAGUGCUGGCCUCGUCCCGCCAGUGUGCAGUGUGCAGUGUGUGGUGCCUCAAGUCACCAGCCCUGGUCAUGGCAGUGCUGGCAGUGGGCUCCCUCAGGAUGCCGGAGUCAUGACAGCUUGUGUCCACUCUCCUGGCUCUGGUUUGUGCCGUAACGUACGGUACUCUUGCUUUAGCUGUGUGUAUUUACCUAGUUGUUAAUGUGUGUGUGUGUGUGUGUGUGUGUGUGUGUGUGUGUGUGUGUGUGUGUGUGUGUGUGUGUGUGUGUGUGUGUGUGUGUGUGUGUGUGUCACAUUCUGUUGCAUUCUUGUAUCCUUUAAGCUUUACUUGAUGAACAAUGCCUCCUGCAAAGGAGAUCUCAGCUUGGUGUAAUAGCCUGGCUGUAAGGUGCUGCUGCUGCUGCUGCUGCUGCUGCUGGUGUUGGAGACCAAUAUAUACUUAUCAGCCUCCUGAGAGAGAUGAUAUUUUGACUGACAAAUUGUAAGUUUGUCAGCCCAAGCAGCUUAAGUUUCCAGAGCAGGUUGUCUGAAGUGAACCAUUACUCAGAUGUGACCUCCUCAUGCCAGGGUUUGUGUUGGAAGGAAAGGUUGUUGCUUACUUUGAGUGGUGCUGUGCAUUGUGGGAAGGAAAAAAGGAAGGGCCAUGUGGGCCGCUGCAAAUGUAGGGCUGUGUGGUGGCUGGCCUGCUUUCCAUUUAUGCAGGGAACCACAGAGUUUCUUCAACUGUGUGGCAUGUGGUCCGUGCUUGCCAAACAUGGUGAAAGGAAACAGUGUUGAGCAGAGUGGUUUUAGUGUGUGUGUGUGUGUGUGCGUGCGUGUGUAUGUGUGUGUGUGUGUCAGGGAACAGUUUUGAGACAAUAGGAAAUCUCUUAAUUAUAAAGCUGAUGAGCUAACCAAAGACUUUACACGAUAUUCUGCCUUCAGUAUUAUUAAUCUUGACAACUUUUUUUACCCUUUCCAAGGGAGACAGAAGGGAGAGUUGAGUGAAGUGUAUCUUUAAUGUAAUGGAGAUCUCUGUAAGAAAAUGUUAUGUAAUGGUAAAGAUUAUUCGGUUGUGUAAAAAUUUUUAUGUAUAUUCUCACCACCCUGAAGUGUUAUGAACAUAUGUAUUUAUGCUAUAAUUUAUCUUUCAGUUUCACUCAUUUUAGUUGUGUUAGGGUCAUUACAUUACCUUUAUUUUAGUUUGCUUUAUUCUCUAAGUUGUAUUUGAGCCCCAUACAAGUUGUCCAGUGCCUCCCAUUGUCCACCUUAUAUGUAGCAUUGCACAGUAUAUAUAUAUAUAUAUAUAUAUAUAUUAGAAAUUUGUCUUGAGUUUCACAUGAAAAGGAGAAAAUUCAGUAAUGAAUUCUAUGAGUUAGGUAGUUAGAUGAAUUUAGUAAUAAGGUUUACUAAGCACAUGAUAUUUUUCUAUUUGCAUCAGUGGGUGAGGAAGCAGAGCUCACCUCUGCCUCCCCACCUCUUGGUGGCUGUUAGGAUCACUUUACAUACAUACAUAUUGUUUGUAUGUCUGUCCAUUUAUUGUCUUCUUCCUGUUUCAACAUGUUGCUUUCUUCACCCCUGUAAGGACUCCCUCCAUGGUGAUGGCCAAGGCACGUCACCAGGGCAGCUGCUGUGGCUACUGCUCACGGCACACUGCUUGCAUUCCACUUCACCACCCUCACUCCUCCACUCUGUCCUUCACUCCAACCACUCUCUGCCCACGCACCUGCACUUGGUCUCCUUCACUCCCAGCCACCUGACACCCUCCCGUUUGGCCACACUUCCAAACUCCCCUUUCUGUCCUGUUUCACUCCAGUCCUGUGCACCAGCCACCCUGCAGUGUGCAUCUCCUUGCCAGGGUUGUUCCCGUGCAUUUGUCGCCAACAUGUUUCCAUGUGUCUUGCCUUCAGACUCUUCACCAGUCACUCUUCAAUUUUCUCAGUGUUUUUAUGCAAACAUGCUGUAAGAAAGCUAUAUACACUGUGCUAAAUAGAAUUACAUGAUGAUAUGCAAAGCAUUUUGAAGACUGGUGUCACAGCAACAUGAGUGUGUGUGUAUGUGUGUGUGUGUUUUGUCAUGAUGUUGCAACGGCACUGCUUUUCAUUGCGGAGGAGGGAGUGAGUUGUCAGACAUGGCAGGCAGAGAGUACUGUGCUUCCCUCUCCAUCCCUGCCACUGACACCAGAACACUGCUGCUUGUCAAGGAUUGGAAAGUCGUCUCUAAUUGUUACUGUGUAUACUGCUGAGCUCCUUGAGUGGCCCUGAACUCAGCACUAAAUCUGUUUGUGUGCUGUCAACUUUAUAAGAUGUGUGCUUGAGAUACAGUACUGAAGUGGCAGGCAGGGUUCAGUCAGCACCAGUCUUGCUUGCUGCAGACCAAAAGUGAGGAAGUCAGGACUUUUGAGCAACAAAUUUUGAGAUCCUGAGGAAUGACACUAAUGGUUUAAGCCUCCACUUGUCACUCACUAGUCUGGCUUCAUGCUGGCUUAGGAAAUUUCUCUGUGUUACAGUUGUGCGAGUUAUGUCUCUCUGUGUGUGUGUGUGUGGUGUGUGUGUGUGUGUGUGUGUGUGUGUGUGUGUGUGUGUGUGUGUGUGUGUGUGUGUGUGUGUGUGUGUGUGUGUGUGUGUGUGUGUGUGUGUGUGUGUGUGUGUGUGUGUGUGCAUUUGCGUGUAAAUAAGUGUAAAAAUAUACGAAGUUACAUUAUUGUUGUGUAAAUCGUUAAAACUUCAUGAUUAAUAACAUCACUGUUCAGUGAGAGAGAGAAAGAGAAAGAGAAUUUAAUGGAUAUAGUAAGCAAAAUAGAAUUAUCUUACAGAUGAGAAGAGAACAAUGAGUGUUUAGAAAUUGUUAUGUAGGUGUGUUGCUUAGGAAUCCCAAUACCUACCACAUGUAAAUGAAUAUUAUACUGUAUAUUAAGAAAGUAUUGCAUGCAUAGGGUAAAAAAUUAAUUCCAUUGUGAUUUGCAAGAAAACUAAGAGGAAACAGAGAUACUAUGUGUGUAAAUAGAGAGAAACUACAUAGGGUAGCUUGAGUGAAUGUCCAUCUCCAUUUUGUUUGUGAUAAUAUGAGUAAGUUCACCCCAGUUAUACUCAUCCAAUGAGUUUGUGUGUGUGUGUGUGUGUGUGUGUGUGUGUUUGUGUUUGUGUUUGUGUUUGUGUUUGUGUGUACAUUUAUGAGAGAGAGAGAGAGAGAGAGAGAGAGAGAGAGAAUUUUAUAGGCAAUUAUAUGAUGUUUUUAUUUGUCUUAUAUACCAGUUCACAAACCUCUCUAGAGUAAUAACUUUACACUUCAUUCUGGUUCCAGUAUUGAGUGUUCAGCGUUGACAGGGACCUUUGCAGCAAGUCACGUGAUAAACAAACAUUUCACUGUCACUCAUUGGCUCAAACACUCCUGUGCUUUACCUCUUUACCUCUACUAUUUCAAAAGACUUUAUUUAAAUUUACAUUAGUUUUUCUAGGUGUUUUCAUGAUUCUAGAGGCAGAUUGAAAAGGUUUCUACAUUAUGAACAAGAGAAACACUAGAAAAUCCUGCUAAUUAUCCCUGAGGCCUUGGAAAAUAGUUAUGGUGAGAGAGCAACAGACCUUGCUCUCAUACUGACUAGAAGCUGCAGAUCACCAGGUCAACUUUAGAUGAGAAAUAAGGUCACUCUUUUUGUAUUGUUUUUGUGAAGCACCCAUUGAUUAUUAUUAUUAUUAUUAUUAUUAUUAUUAUUAUUAUUAUUAUUAUUAUUAUUAUUAUUAUUAUCGUUAUUAUUAAGGGUUAAGCCAGAGAUGCUAAUGGUCUUUGAGGAAACUAGUCACUUUUAUUUUGAUGUAUUUGCAUUUAUUUGUUUUCUAUUUUUGCUCUUUUUAUUUUGGCAAUCAUGUUAGAGAGAGAGAGAGAGAGAGAGAGAGAGAAUUUAGUCUUUGCAGUGUCUAAUUACCUUCACCUCACUACUUUAGCUUAUUGUAGCUUCUCUAAUAGGCCAGUAGGUCUGCUGCUGCUGCUUGUGCUUCCUUUGUGUUCCCUCUAUGGCAUGCCCUCCUUAUCACUCACCCAUUAUUUAGCUAUGCAAUGACCCAUCACUCCACUGAUUAUAUACACAGAAAAUAGAAAAAAAUAUUGGUUGUUUUUAUUUCAUUGCAUUAUUUCUCUUAUUACAAUCAAGGAGAGACAAAUAGAUUAAUAUGCAAGAUUUACUUUUUUUCAUUAUUAUUAUUUAUUUAUUUUUUUUUUUUUUCUGUUUAGAAUUAUGUAUGUAUUGUAUAGGUAUCUAUACACACACACUCACACACACACACACACACACACACACACACACACACACACACACACACACACACACACACACACACACACACACACUGCAUUAAUUUCACUGAUAAGCUAGAAUUGUCAUUUUAUUUUCCAUCUCCAUCCAAAAUAUGUGAGCCCUUUCAGAGAGUGAGUGAGUAAGAGAGAGUGAUUGAAUCCAUUUAUGAGUGUUGAGUUUGUCAUCAUCUAUACUCAUUUCGUCCCUCUGUGAGUCAAAUACGUUGAGUUUGGUGUGCUCAAUCAUGUCCCUGUGAGUGAGUGAGUGAGUGAGUCAGUCAGUCAGUCAGUCAGUCAGUCUAUCCUCACACAGUCCCGUAUUGAUCUCAUGUCCCAAGAUGAUGAUGAUGAUUGUAAAUAGUGUGUUCAUAAUAAUUUUGAAAGUGGCAUACAUCUAUUUUAUUAGUGACACAUGCGUCGUGUAACAUUCCGAGGUCAUUACGUAUAUACCGCCACGUAUAUAUUUUGGCAAUUUAGAGGCAUUCCCGUCAGGCAUAAUUUGUAUUAAGGCCAUAAGCUGCUACUAAUACUUACACUAAUCAACUACUAUUACUACUGCUACUACUACUACUACUUCUACUUCACUUUCCUUCUUCUUGGUAAUCUUUUAAUGCGGCUUUAAACUGUUUGUUCCUCACUACUAUUACUACUAUAUUAUUACUACUACUACUACUACAAAUUUUUUUUUUUUUUUUUUUUUUUUUUUUUGUGAGAGCUGUUGUGCUUUACUUUCAUGUUUAAAUAAGAAAUGGUGAUAAUUGUUAAUACUUGAAAGGAUAUUGUUUCACACACACACACACACACACACACACACACACACACACACACACACACACACACACACACACACACACACACACACACACUACCAUACACGUCUACUACUACACAAUUACAAACAACAGCACAGUAUAAUAACCAAACAAACAAGACCACUUCUACAUACACAAACUAACUUUAAGAAUAUUUCCUUCCCCUGCCCCUCCCCCACACACUUUAUUUCCUCCCCUUCACCUCUACUUGUUUCCUGUUACCCCUACAAGAUUCCUCGUAGAAGCUGAGAGAGAAAUGUGACGAGUUGUAACAUGAGAAAGUUCAUGGCAAACCAGAAAUAAAGCCAUGCACGCAUA